CGCUCUCCCAUCUAUCGCAGGGACCUCGAAAACUGUAACGCUGACGAUGUUCUCUGUAUGCAGGAUUCGGCCGCUGCCGCUGGUGACUGCUGCUCUGACAAAAACUACUACGAAGCGAAGAAUAUAUAUGUCAAGCUUUCCAGCACCAGACAGAUAAAGUGCUGUACAGAUUAUAGCUGCACGGCGGCCAUGAUAUCGGGGACGACGACGUACAUGACGGCUUCAUCGCAAUGCGGUGACGUUCCUUCUGCAACACUGACUACACCGCCGAUAACGACGGAAGCCCCGGUGUUUACGAGUGCGAGUGCGGUGCCGAGUGUAGGCAAGAGUACGGUCAUGGUACUGGACAGUGACGUGGUGGUAUCUGUUCUUCGACUUCGCCACAUUGCCGACCAAGUCCACCGUCACAUACGCCACGUUCUACGAGACCACAACCUUCACGACUACGGCGACUGAGGAGCUCGAAGCCUAGUCGCUCUUUGCCGCGCUGU